UCCCGUGGCUCCUCGCCGCGCUCGCGUUCGCGUGGACCGUGUUCACGAUCUCCGAGGCGCUCUCCAGCGUGGACGACGCGAUGGACGCGGGAGGAUCCGGAGCCGGAUCCGCGCGCGCGCCGUUUCGUCGUCGCGCGCCUCGAGUCGACGAGAUCCGCGUCGUCGGCGGCGUCGCGCCGACGAACGCCGCGCCGAGCGCGACGACGACGACGACGCGCGAAUCGCUCGCGUCCGCGGCGAAGCGCGGCGCGCUGACGGCGACCAUCAAGGAGCGCGCGCGCGUCGCGAUGGACGAGAAGCUAGACGCGUUGUACGCGAACGCGAACGCCGCGACGACGAAGACGACGUCGCGAGCAGGAGACGACGUCGCGAGCCCGACGACGGACGGCGACGGCCACGGCGACGGCCACGGCCACGGCCACGGCGACGGCGACGGCGACGGCGACGACGGCGUGCCCCGCGUCGACGCGUCGGACGUCGUCGACGAGAGCGACUACGCGCCCCCGGAGACGGAGACGGAGACAGACGACGCGCGGGACGUCGCGGACGCGGACGAGGAGGACGAGGACGAGGAGCCCUCCAGUCUCGGCGGCGACGACUACGUCGACCCGGACGAGCCGGUGGCGAAGGAAAGUCCGUCCGCCCCCGUCGCCGCCGCGGAGUCGGAGGAGCGGUUCCUGUCCAGCGCGCGCCCGCUCCCCAAGUCGGUGUACGCGCGCGCGGACCAGUUGGUUAACGUCCCGGGGUUCCCGCGAUCGCCGCCGCUCGUGUUGUCCGCGACGCGUCCGAAGGCGUACCUCUUUAGAAAUUUUCUCACCGAGGAGGAGUGCCGGCAUCUGAUCGCGCUCGCGAAAGCGCAGCUCGCGCCGUCGACGGUCGUCGCCGACGGCGGGAAGAAGUCCACGAAGAGCGGGAUUCGAACCUCCGCGGGGAUGUUCUUGACGAAAGGGCAGACGCCGACGGUGCGGAUGGUGGAAGAACGCGUCGCCGCCGCCGUCGGACUGCCCGAGGAGAACGGCGAGGGCAUGCAAAUUUUGCGAUACGAACACGGGCAAAAGUACGACCCGCACUACGACUACUUCCACGAUAAGAUCAACCCCUCGCCGAACCGCGGCGGGCAGCGGAUGGCGACGAUGCUGAUCUACCUCAAAGACACCGAAGAGGGCGGGGAGACGAUAUUUCCGAACGCGAAGAAACCGGAAGGAUUCCACGACGGCGAAAAAGACGGCGCAUUCAGCGACUGCGCGAAGCGCGGGCUGCCGGUGAAGUCCAAACGCGGCGACGCGGUGCUGUUCUGGUCGCUGACGUCCGACUACAAAUUAGAUGAAGGGAGCCUCCACGGCGCGUGCCCGGUGCUCAGAGGCGAGAAAUGGACAGCGGUGAAGUGGAUACGCGUCGCGAAGUUCGACGGGCGCUUCACGGGCGAGCUCCCGAUGCCGUCGUUGACGCGAGGCGACCGCGCUGCCGUCGACGCGACGGCGAGGUGCGUGGACGAGUGGGACGAAUGCGCGGAGUGGGCGCGGAAAGGGUGGUGCGAGCGGAACCCAGAGUUCAUGACGGGCGUUAACGGCGCGAGGGAUAGCAAGGGCCCGGCGUGCGCGGUGAGCUGCGGCGCGCCUUGUCCUCCGUUGCCGCCGGGGAGCGCGUAGACUACUAGGUAAUUUCGUCGAUCGAAUCGUUGAUUUCUACGCCUACGUGUACUAGCUACCUUCGUAGAGACUAAAUAAGUACUCGCGUCGUCGUCGCAAACUAAAGUUACCUCCGCGCAGUAGUACCUGUACUGUACCACUCUACGAUCCCCCCACCGCGGGUUUCUUCGCGUGCGCGUACUCGAACAGCCAAAGCUCGUCGGCGUCGAGCUCGCCGUCGACGACGUCGUGCUGCUUCGGGUCGCUCAUCAGCGUCGCGAUCGCCUCGAAGAAGCGACGAUCCGCGGCUAAAUUCUCCCGGAAGUGAUACGCGAAUAACGCCCUCGCGUCGGGCGUUUCACGGUUCGUGAGCUGAGUACAAAAAACAUUCACCGGUCAGUUGAAAGGGGACGCGAUCAAAUGUUGAAACCGGGCGAUGGGUGAAAAACUUUUGUGUAGAACGCACCUGACUCAGCGUCCUCGCGAGCUUCGCCUGCGUCUCCUCGUCGUUCUGGUACAGCGCGUCCGAGCACAGGACGACGUCGUACGUCCCGAGCGACGCGAGCGCGGCGUCGUCGCCCCACGCG